AUGAAACAUCGGCCCCAAGACGGUUGUAGCGCCGCCACUGGCGUCUCUCCCAUUCCGCCUACUCGCUACAGUCCCUCUCCUCUGACGCCGAAGUGGGUGGAGGCCAUUGGCGUCGUGUCGUUCGACCUGGAGCUAGGCCAGACCUUGACGCACCUGUUUCCCCCACUGCCACUAUCGAUCCCGCAGGAGACAGAUUUGGCCUUCCUGUGUUUUCCGGACACCAACCACACGGAGUAUGGCCACUCGCUACACCACUUCAUAUUUCCCAUGAAGAAAAAAGACUAUGACAUCACACGAAUAACGGUUGCCCGCAUGCCACACUCGACGAAGUUGCGUUCUGUUGUCUUCAAAGGGUCGUCUGCCUCUUCUGCGUCGCAUGGUGACGUGUGUGACGAGGAGUGCUUUUGCUCGGCUAUUUAUCUACAGCGAAAAGACGCAAGCAAUGAGCGUGGUACCCAACAGAGGGCUCUUGUUUUGAUUUCUGUAUAUGCGUUUCCUAAAAUUUUUGAGACGAUUCUUAUGGCAGUGUAUAGUCUUGUUUUGGAAUCUUAUGACGUUUCAGGAAAACUGGAGGCUUUAUACUAUGACAUUGACUCUUGGCCAGUUCCAUUACCGACACGGCUGUAUACAGGACUACAUCUGUUAGGCAAGUCGCUCCAAAGCUUUAGGACGCCGUACUAUACAAGCGAUCGACUAGGUUCUCAUUGGCGCGAGGACGGUCUUGGUCGUGAAACAAAAUGUUUUCUUGCACGGCGGCAUUUGUUAGAAGCCUUGGAAAGUCCGCGUCCCGAUCUCGCAGUCAGGCAGAAGCGCUUAGAACGCUCUCUGCAUGGGCCUUCAGCCAUCGAAGGUAUGGGGGACUACAUUGAGAAGCAGUUGGGGCUUCCCCUAGACGUCGCUGCAUGGAGGCAUUCGGACGUGUUGGCUGCGAUUGAAGCCAUUCGUAUGCGCAAGUACGAAAAGGUUGAUCUGAUACCACCGACAGAGGAGGUUUCAGAGGGGAGUUUUGAAAAAGUUGUGAAUGAUGAUGUGAGAAGUAUUCUAUACCGCUUUCCGCAGGGUUGUUGCGUAGCACCGGAGGUUGCUGUCAUUCAAAAUAAAGAACUUCGCCAAUGUAGGCGGCUUGCAAAGCGGCUUCUCUCUGAACACAGUGAUUCUGCGGUGGACGUCGAUGAAAGCGAUGCUGCAACCAUGUUUUCAGAAUUUGAUGUUCAGUCCAUUCUGUUGCCGCACUUAAACCGUCUCUGGAAGUUGUGGGAACUCCUCCUUACAGGGGAAUCCCUUUGUGUCUUGGGCAGCAACUUGCGUCGCACGUCUGCUGCCUGUUUCUGCCUGGUUUCCCUCUUGGCGCCACUUCCGUUGAGUAUCGUUCUUCGGCCCUAUGUAACGAUCAAUAGCUCUGAGGUGGACCACAUCUUGCCGCAUUCGGGGUUUCAUCGUCCUGUACUUCUUGGCGCCACAAACCCGUUUUUUCUACGUCACUGGAUGAACUCGCCCCAUGUUCUUUGCUUGGGGGCAGUGGAUAGUGACGCGCUUCAGACCCACAAGACACUACCGCUUUCAAGUUUGAAGAGCCGUAAGUGUCAAUUUGACGUUAAAACGCAUAUGUUUUCAUCUAAACAUUUUCUGAUACGCACCGAAAAACAUGUCUGGGACGUAUGCGCAGCCAAGACAUCCUCCGUCGGGAUUCUGGCGUCGUCGACGACGGAAUUGGCUUCGAGUAAUGCGGAGGUCAAUGUGGAUCACGACAACUCAGUUAGGCAAACUUUUUACAAGUUGACAAAAGAGUUUCUGCUGCCCUUGGAGUGGGCUGUGGGAAUUGAAUUCGAGAAGAGUCGCAGUCUACUUGGCUUUUACGACGACGACGACGUUCCGUCGUCGGUUGAGAUUUUUAAGGCUUUGGAACGCUGCAACGAGAAAAAGCUGCCGCUACACAUGUUCAAGGGGCGCCGUGACAUGUUCAAGGUUUACCAGAGGUUUAUGAACACAUCAACGUACAACUGCUGGCUUCGACAGAGGCUCUUCACCUUGAGGCGUGCUCUGCUGCUGCGGUCAAGUUCACUCGAAGCCGUGCUUCUUUUGGAGCCCGACCCUUGCCGACGUUGUCUGACCCUCAUGAGUCUGCAGUACAUGUUGGACGUUGAGCUGAAGAAGCCCCUGCUGGAUGUUGUGCUUUUGAAGAAACUGCUCUAUUUAACGAAAAAUAUGGAGGCCCUUCGCACAUUAUUGUCCACUGCAGACAUUAACGAGGAAGGCGUCACUAAUGUUAGUCUUUAG